AUGAUGAUCCCUCCUGUCCUGCUGCUCUUUCUCCUGUCCUCGGUGCUAGGCACCGAGCAACCGCAGGUCGUCACUGAGCAUCCGAGUAUGGAAGCAUCCCUGACCGGGACCAAUGCUUCGAACUUCUGGACCAACUACACUUUCUCCGACUGGCAGAACUUCGUGGGCAGGAGACGCUAUGGGGCCGAGUCCCAGAACCCCACGGUGAAGGCCCUUCUUAUCGUGGCCUACUCGUUCAUCAUUGUCUUCUCGCUCUUCGGCAAUGUCCUAGUCUGUCAUGUCAUCUUCAAGAAUCAGCGCAUGCAUUCUGCCACCAGCCUCUUCAUCGUCAACCUGGCAGUGGCAGACAUCAUGAUCACGUUGCUCAACACGCCAUUCACUUUGGUUCGCUUUGUAAACAGCACAUGGGUGUUUGGGAAGGGAAUGUGCCAUGUCAGCCGCUUCGCCCAGUACUGUUCUCUGCACGUCUCAGCACUGACACUGACAGCCAUUGCUGUGGACCGUCACCAGGUCAUCAUGCAUCCCCUGAAGCCGCGGAUCUCCAUCACCAAGGGCGUCAUCUAUAUUGCUGUCAUCUGGGUCAUGGCCACCUUCUUCUCGCUGCCACAUGCCAUCUGCCAGAAACUGUUUACCUUCAAGUACAGCGAGGACAUUGUGCGCUCCCUCUGCCUGCCGGACUUCCCAGAGCCAGCUGACCUCUUCUGGAAGUACCUGGACCUGGCCACCUUCAUCCUGCUCUACCUCCUCCCCCUCUUCAUCAUCUCAGUGGCCUAUGCCCGCGUGGCCAAGAAGCUGUGGCUGUGCAGCACCAUUGGCGACGUGACCACGGAGCAGUACCUGGCCCUGCGGCGCAAGAAGAAGACGACCGUGAAGAUGCUGGUGCUUGUGGUGGUCCUCUUCGCCCUCUGCUGGUUCCCCCUCAACUGCUACGUCCUCCUGCUCUCCAGCAAGGCCAUCCACACCAACAACGCCCUCUACUUUGCCUUCCACUGGUUUGCCAUGAGCAGCACCUGCUACAACCCUUUCAUCUACUGCUGGCUCAACGAGAGCUUCCGGGUGGAGCUCAAGGCCUUGCUGAGAAUGUGCCAGAGGCCGCCCAAGCCUCAGGAAGACAGGCUGCCCUCUCCAGUUCCUUCCUUCAGGGUAGCGUGGACAGAGAAGAGCCAGGGGCGGAGGGCUCCGCUAGCCAGUCACCACCUGCCCUCUACCCAGAUCCAGUCUGGGAAGACAGAUCUGUCCUCCAUGGAGCCCAUUGUGGCCAUGAGUUAG